CUCUGUCGUCGUUGGGUGUGCCGCCAACUCAGACGGCCGGACUAUUCCUGCCUCUAUGCCCAGCGCGGCAGCACAGGCGACGCUGAUCCGGCGCACCUACGCGCUGGCGGGCCUGCAGGACGUGGGCAAGACGGGGCUGUUCGAGUGCCAUGCCACGGGGACUGUGACGGGCGACCCAAUCGAGUGCGCUGCCAUUGCUGAUGUCUUCGGUCAUGUGGGCGUUCACGUCGGCACCGUGAAGCCGAACAUGGGCCAUUCCGAGGCUGCGUCCGGGCUGACGGCUAUACUCAAAGCCACGCUGGCGUUGGAACAUCGUACUAUACCGCCCAACAUCAAGUACGCCCCGCUCAACCCGCGCAUCCCCUUUGAACGCGCGCAGCUGCACAUUCCCACCGAGCCGACGCCAUGGCCGCAGGGCCGCGAAGAGCGUGCAAGCGUCAACUCGUUCGGCAUCGGCGGCAGCAACGCCCACGCCAUCCUCGAGUCGCCCGUGCGUUUCAUGCCACCGUCGUCUCCAUCGCCAGAUGCACCAUCGCAAGAUGCGCCCCAACUAUUGCUGUUCUCCGCAAACACGGCCCCGGCUCUCAAGGACGUGUGCCGCGUCUACGAGAACCUGUUCGAGACGCCGACCCAUCUUGUCGCCGACAUUGCCUACACGCUUGCCAACGGCCGCGAGCACCUCUCCCACCGCUCCUUUGCAGUGGUCAGUCCCACCAAGUUCGAGCAAGGCGUUUCGCUGUCCACGUCCGCGAAGAAGGGUGCGACGCUGGAACCCCAUGUCGUUCUGGUCUUCACCGGCCAGGGCGCCGCAUGGCCGCAGAUGGGACGUGACUUGGUGCGCUCCAACCGCACCUUCGCCCGCACCAUCGACUCUCUGGACGCCCACCUGAAGCGCCUGGGCGCCGACUGGACCCUGAAAGACGAGCUCCUCAAACCCCCACGUACCAGCCGUGUCCACGAGGCCGAGUUCUCGCAGCCGCUCUGCACUGCGCUCCAGCUAGCCCUCGUCGAAAUGCUGGCCUCUGUGGGUGUCAAACCUCAAGCCGUGGUCGGCCAUUCAAGUGGCGAGAUUGGAGCUGCGUACGCCGCAGGUGCCCUCACCGCCGAAGAAGCCAUUGCAGUGGCCUUCCACCGCGGAGCCUCCACCAAGGGCCGGACGGAGCGCGGCGGAAUGGCUGCCGUGGGACUUGGCUGGGAAGCAGUGCAGCAGUACCUCGUUCCCGGCGUCAUCGCGGCCUGCGACAACUCACCGAGCAGUGUGACGCUUUCGGGCGAUGCCGACAAGCUAGCCGACGUUGUAGCCAGCAUCAAACAAGCGCAACCGGACAUACCAGCCACCAUGCUCAAGGUGGAGAAGGCCUACCACUCAAACCACAUGCUAGCCCUCGGAGAAGCGUACCAUCAAGCCUUGGUCGACGCCCAAGUCGUGGGCAGGCCCCCGACGAUCCCCUUCUUCUCCAGUGUGACGGGCGAACUGCUUGGAGACAGCAAGGGCAGCCAGCUGGGUCCCAAUUACUGGCAAUCCAAUCUCGAACGCCCGGUGCUAUUCAAGGCUGCUAUACAGGCCAUCCUCAAGUCCACAACCAUCAAGAACCCGGUCUUGCUGGAGCUUGGCCCGCAUUCAGCUCUUGCAGGACCAGUGAGACAGAUCUUGACGGCUGCUUCGAGCAACGCUGCCUACGUAGCAUCCCUGGUGCGUCGACAGAACAGCGCCGAGAACUUGCUGCAGGCCAUCGGGAAGCUCUACACGCUACAUGUUGCUCUAAACUUCAAAGCUCUCAUCACCGCCCCCGCUUCUCUCGUCGCUGGCUUGCCUCGUUAUCCGUGGGAUCACUCGCAAAAGUUUUGGUACAAGUCGCGAAUGUCCAAAGAGUGGCUGGGCAGAGAACACGUCCACCACCCCCUAUUGGGCUCAAAGGUAACCGCGAGCACGGACCUAGAACCUAUUUGGCGGAAUCUUCUCUCUCCCAAAACUACGCCUUGGAUCGCCCAUCAUAAACUCUCAGCGUCUAUUGUCUUCCCACUUGCUGGAUUUGCAUCCAUGGCAGCCGAGGCUGGGCGUCAAGUGAGUGGCAUUGACGACGGAGUGAGUAUUCGGAACCUUGUAGUGCACAACGCUUUGGUGAUCGAUGGCGAGGCCCCUACAGAAGUUAUUACUACCUUGCGUCGCGAGCGCUUGACCGACACUUCGACUAGCACAUGGUGGGAGUUUACCAUAUCCUCGUACAAUGGCCAUAUCUGGACCAAGCACACCACGGGCGAUGUCCGAGGCGAAACGUUCGACAGCCAGCUGGCACACAACGUGGAGUUGAAAAAUCUACCGAGGAAAGUCGACAGUGACAAAUUAUAUGAAGCAGUACGACGGGCGGGCCUUGAUUAUGGCCCCACCUUCAAUACCUUGGAAGACAUCAGGACAUCAACGACGUCCAUGACAGGGACGGCCACAAUGCGAAAUAAUCAAUGGGGAGAUGAGGCCCAAUACCAUAUGCAUCCUGUCGUCCUGGACACGUACUUUCAGCUGAUGAGCUGCUCAAUCGUUAAAGGUAUCGGCCGUGACUACCGACGAAUGGUAGCGGCGAAGAUUGAGCUUAUAACAAUCUUCCGCAGCGCCGAGGAUAAGCUCGAGAUCUUCACCGCAGCCGAACCUUCUAACGAGGGUUAUAUCGGCGAUGGCUGGGUGUGUGCGAGCUUGAAGAAGGUCUUGAGCGUUUCUGGCUCCCACGGCCACAUUUUUGACGAGCCGGUGGUGAGCGACGAGGGCACAACUUCCAUCACCGCUCGAAGCGAAUGGGUUCCCCAUAUUGAUUUCCAAAACAACAGCGAACUCAUCAAAGAGCCUCUCAGCCACGAAGAAUGCAUUCCUCUCCUAGAAGAGCUCGCCCGACUAGCCAUUUCUCUCGCCAGCGGAGCUGCUAGAAACCUCGACGUACACGCACCACACUUGGUCAAGUACAAGGAGUGGCUCCUUCAGCAUACGUCGUCAGAGCUUGGAGGUUCGGAUGCAGUCACGCUGGCACAGGAUAUUGAAACCCUGGUGAAGAGACUCGAAGCUACCCCCGCCGCACGCGCAGCAUCAGCUAUUGCCGCCAUCUCUAGCUCUAUCGGAUCUGUGUUGAAAGGAGAGAUCAUGAACGACGAUGGCAGCUUGAUAGCGUUUCUUGGAGAACAUGACAACAGCAACUACAUCCGGAGCAUCGCCCACACCAAGCCCAACGUCAGCGUCCUCGAGGUAGGCGCAGGGCUUGGGGACAAGACAUCAAGAAUUGUCAGUUGUUUGACGCGCGCUGACGGACAGCCUCUGUACUCGCAGCUCGUUGUCGCGGAUGCAUCCUUCAGCAAGGUGAACGCGAUCAAACAAGGGCUGAAGGGCGUUCCAAACGCAAAAUUUUCCGUCUUAGAUGUGAGCAGAAACCUGACGGAGCAGGGUUUUGAAUAUCAACAAUUUGAUCUCAUCAUCGCCACAAACGUCAUUAACACAGGCAACGAUAUCCAAGCAAGCUUAAAAAACCUUCGCCAACUGCUACGACCCAAUGGCAGGUUGCUUUUGCAGGAACCCCGACCCGGGCUGUUGUGGGCCAAAUUCGCCUUGGGCACUCAGCCAGGCUGGUGGUCUGACGUUGAGGAUCUGAGCCGCGCUGCCGAGCCUUUCAUGAGCGCAGAGGAAUGGCAAAAAGCCCUCGCAGCGGCUGGCUUUUCCGACGUCGAGCGCGUCAAGUCAAGCUCGGAGCAUUACACGAACAGUGUUCUACUUGCACGCCCACAGGCCCCCAAAGCGCCAAUCAAGAGAGUGACGCUGCUGGUGAGCGAUCGCAGUGCAUCUGGACCUAGUCUUAUUUCGAGCGAGCUCGAGGCUCGGGGUUAUGCUAUUGACCGCCGUUCACUGGGACAGACACUGCCACAGGGCCAGGACGUUGUUGCACUCCUUGAGGAGGAGCAACCUCUUUUCGAGGACACUGACACAGUCCGGCUUGUUCAGUUCAAAUCCCUGCUUCGCGAUCUUGGAAAUGGCGGCCUGUUGUGGGUGACGCGACUCUCCAGCGUUGGCUGCACCGAUCCGAGGUACGCCCAAGUCGUUGGUCUAGCGCGGACGCUCCGUUCGGAGAUGUCCAUUGACUUUGCGAUUUUGGAGACAGACAAGGUCGUGUCUCCGGCAGGGGCAAGCGCAGUGGCCAAUGUGGUGAGCAAGUUUCAGACAAGAGAAGACGACGGUGUGCUAGGACCUGAUCUUGAAUAUGCCAUCCACAAAGGCCAAACGCUCGUCAACCGCAUCUUCCCCUUCUCCCUCGACGAGGAACUGCUUGUGUCGCAAGACUCAGACGAGGCUGCUCUGACCCAGCAGCACCCAGGCCGUCUUAACACGCUGACCUGGUCAGUCACGUCUUCGGCCCCUCCAAAAGAUAACGAGGUCGAGGUCGAGAUAUAUGCCACCGGGCUGAACUUUAGAGACGUCUUGGUGGGCAUGCAGAUUAUCCCCGGGCGUCACCCCACAUUUGGUUACGAAGCUUCUGGAGUUGUCCGCCGUGUAGGCCCCAAGGCAACUAGACUCGCCGUGGGCGACCGUGUCGUUACCUUAGCAUCCAACCUGCUCUCCACGGUGACGACAAGCCCCGAAACCCAUUACGAGAUGCUGCCUGAACAUGUCAGCUUUGUCGAGGGCGCCUCCAUUCCCCUCAUCUUCGUCACUGCCAUUUACGGUCUUCGCGACGUUGGGCGUCUCUCUAAGGGCCAGUCAGUUUUGAUUCACAGCGGCGCGGGUGGGGUUGGGCUUGCUGCCAUCCAGGUAGCCCGCAUGCUCGGCGUCGAGAUCUACACCACCGUCGGCAGCGAGAGGAAGGUGCAGUACUUGACGGACACUUAUGGCAUUCCAAGAAACCGCAUAUUCAACUCAAGAGACUCUUCCUUUGUUGAUGACGUGCUGCGCGAGACUAGUGGAAGGGGGGUAGACGUGGUGCUCAACUCGCUUACUGGAGAGCUUCUGCACGCAACUUGGAAGUGUGUUGCGAAAUGGGGUACCAUGGUGGAGAUUGGGAAGCGCGAUCUUUUGGGGAAUGCGCGACUUGACAUGGGCCCCUUCCUGGCCAACCGCAACUAUUGCUGCUUCGACAUUGACCUCAUGGGACAAGAACGACCUGAGCUUCUCAACCAGCUGCUCAAAUUCACCAUGGAUUGCUUUGCCCAAGGACACCUCAAGCCGAUCCGGGUGGAUCAAGUGUUUGCAGCGUCUCGAGUGCUGGACGCUUUUCGGUACAUGCAGCAGGGCAAGCACAUUGGCAAGAUUGUGAUUGAGGUCCGCGACCCCUCAGGAAAGCUGUUGCUCGAGAGCGUCGACGCUACCAAAAAGAUAGGCGCUGGGCUCGACGGAGCGGCGUCGUAUCUACUCGUUGGUGGUCUCGGUGGGCUGGGCCGCUCCAUGUCGGUGUGGAUGGCACAGCGGGGAGCGCGGAACUUCACCUUCUUAUCUCGGAGUGCAGGCGGUGGCACGCACGAUGCCGACUUUGUCGCCGAGCUCGAAAGCAUGGGAUGCACUGUCCAGCUUGUACGUGGAGACGUGACCAACCCCACCGAUGUUGUGCGUGCGGUAGACGGAACUGUCGCGCCAUUGCGGGGAAUCGUCCAGAUGUCCAUGGUCCUCCGCGACCAGAUGUUUGAGGGGAUGAGCGUCGAGGACUGGAACGCUGUCACGCGCCCUAAGGUCCAGGGCACCUGGAAUCUUCACAAUGCGACGACAGCGAGUGGGUGCGAGCUGGACUUCUUCCUCUUGUUCAGCUCGCUAUCAGGCAUUGUUGGCCAGGUCGGACAGGCCAACUACGCGAGCGGCAACACGUUCCUGGAUGCAUUUGUGCUGUAUCGCGCCAGUCAGAAUCUUCCCUGCACAGCAAUCGACCUGGGAGCUAUGGAGGGCGUCGGCUACCUGUCCGACAACCUGGAUCUUCUCAAGAAGAUGCAUGGCACCGGCUGGAGUGUUGUGCAGGAAACGGAGCUCCUCGACGCUCUGCCUCUCGCCUUCAUGUCUCCAGCCACGCGCAGCCAACGCAAACGAGACAUGACAACUGGCGACACCUUCCUACUCGGUCUAGCGCCAACGAUACCCUUGAGCAGCCCAGGAAGUAGUUCUCGGCUGAAACGGGACGUCCGGAUCGCCGUUUACCACAACAUGGGCAGUGGCAGCACCAAGGUCACCAGCUCCGCACCCGAUGUAUUGGGCGAUUUCCUCGCAACCGUCAAGAAGGAUCCAAGCCUUCUGAGGUCCACCGAGACUAUAGAGCUGCUAGCAAUCGAGGUCGGAAAGAAGCUGUGCAGCCUGGUCCUAGCAGAUGACACCGAUCUCGAAAUUUCCGCGAACAUGGCUGAUCUUGGCUUGGAUUCAUUGGUGGCUGUUGAGAUGCGGGGCUGGUGGAAGCUGACGUUUGGAUUUGACAUUAGCACUCUGGACAUGUUGAGCUUGGGGACGCUAGAGGCGAUGGGCAAACGUAUUGCUGAUGAACUCAUCACGAAGUUCGACGCGUAGCGGGGGAUACUGGUUUGUAUGGUAGCUUGUUUUACUUUUUUUAAAGCUAGGUGUCUGAUGAAUUUUAUUCCAUAUCUAC